CUGCGCUUCCAAAGUGCAUGCCGAAAGAAAGAUGGAUUUUCUGCAAACAGUUUGCCGCAUCUGCCAAUCCCAGGAAAAUCUAUGCGAUCUAACCAGCCAGGUGAACGAAAACGCUGCCGAAAAGUUGGCAGCUUUGACCACCAUUCGGAUUCAACCGAACAAUUCGCUACCACGGUGCAUUUGUCUCGAGUGCAUCGGUACGCUGAAUGUGGCGUAUGAUUUCCUGCUACGGUGUGAAGCCGCGGAACAGAGAUUGCAGGAUGUGCUCCGGCGGGAAGCGGUGGAGCACCACGAGGAGAAGGAUGAGGUAGAAACUACCGUGGAAUAUGUGAUGGGAGUUGCGAACUUCCAAGACGAUGACGAGGAGGAGGAGGAGGAAGAGGAUGAUGAGGACGUGACGAUAGCCUUCGUUGAGGAAGAACCCGUAGACACGAUGGAGGACGGACAGCUAUUGUAUGAACCGGUUUCGGUCAAGUAUACGAUCGAGGAAUAUUUGGAGGACGAUGAGGAAGAAGAUGAAAUGAAUCUGGAGGAGGAUGAUGAUCAAAAGGAUAUAGUUUUGGAGGAAGCCGAAAUUGCGCAACUGGCACAGCUGGGCGAGGAGAGGGAUAAUAAAUUCUUCUGCGAAACUUGUGGAUCGGGUUUCGAAAAGGCGACGGAACUCUAUCAGCACGUCAAGAGCCACGGGAAGGCUCGAUUCCAGUGCAAGGAUUGCGAUCGGUGGUUUUCACGGCGAGCUCAUCUGCAGAGCCACGAGGUGAUUCAUACCGGAGAGCGGAACUUCCGCUGCCACAGUUGCCCGAAUUCGUACAAAAGCAGUCGCAACUUGAGACGGCACGUGAAGAGUGCUCACCUCGGAGAAAAGCCGUUCGUGUGUGACCUCUGCGGGAAGGAGUUUUCCCAGAAGACGGUUCUGGAAGCGCACCACAGCACGCACGUCCAGGAGAGGAAUUACUCCUGUGAGGUAUGUCUGAAGCGAUUCAAAUCGAAAAAACUCCUAAAGCUGCACGUGAUUCGGCAUGUGAGAAGUUCGCAGCCGAAGCAGGAAACGGAACCGCUGGAGUGUGAUGUUUGUCACAAGCUUUACUCGAGUAAGAUGUCGCUAAGAAAUCACAAACUGAUGCACUCGGAUGCUAAAAUUAUGUGCACGUUCUGUGGGAAGAACUUCAAGAUCAUGGCACAUUUGAAAGUGCAUCUGCGGAGCCACACCAAGGAGCAACCGUACGAAUGCAACCAAUGUCACAAAAAGUUUGGCUACGAAACUUCCCUGAAGACGCACCGGUUGGUUCACUCGGACGAGCGACCCUACAAGUGCGAUCUGUGCGAUGUGGCCUUCCGGCAGUUGAAUCACUUGAAAGCUCACAAAUUCCUGCACAGUGGAGAGAAGCCGUUUGAGUGCAUGGUCUGCAAAAAGGCGUUUGCCUUGCGGGGGAACUUGACCAUUCACAUGAGAAUUCACGACGGUCCAGUGACCAGUCCGUUCCAAUGUCGGAUUUGCGUGGGGAAGAAGCUGAACGAUUCCAAUGCUUUGAAACGACAUCUGAAGGCCCAUCCCAAGGCAAAGGUGGUAAAAACGGGAACCCUAACGGUCAUCGUCGAGGAAGGCAUGUCGGAGGAACAGGAAUCUGGUGAUGUAGCCGAACACGUCAAGGAAGAGGUAAGCAAUGUUGAUUCAUUCUUGGAGGAUGCUGCCAGUUGA